AUGCCAUCCACCAAUGCCAUGUCGGUCCUGCACCAACACCAUUUGCCCCUUGAACCCACUGCUAUUCUUCAACAACAAAUGCUGUCCAUGACUAUGCAUGCCUUUAAUAUGCAACAACAGUCUCAGCAGCAACAGCUGUCUCAGUCCUCUGAAGAAAUCACUACCAUUUUUGUCGUUGGCUUUCCAGAGGAUAUGAGCGACAGAGAGUUUCAAAAUAUGUUUAUUUUCUCUACUGGUUUUGAAGCUGCUGCUCUCAAGGUUCCCAUGCCAGGGGAGUUGGACGAACAGACGGGCCAACUUAAACGUCAAAUUAUUGGAUUUGCCAAGUUUCGUACUCGCAGCGAGGCAGUCAAAGCUCGUGAUGUUCUCAAUGGUCGACGCAUUGAUGUAGAUCGUGGUGCAAUUUUGAAGGCCGAGAUUGCAAAAAAGAAUCUCAAAAACUUUACCACCAAACGUCAGCCAAGUCUACUAGACACUGCCAUGUUUGCUGCAUUUGGUCCCAGUUUGUCCCAUCAAGGCCCGCUUUUGUCUGCUGAUGCUUUAGGCAGUCUUGCCAUCCACGAUCUGCCGCUUAGCACUAGCCAAAACAACAGCAAUGGCUCUAAUCUUGCUUCCAGUGGUCUGAUGAGCAUCUCCGAAGCAAACGCAUCUCGUUUUGAUCUUGGACUGCUUUCCAGCAAUGGCAACACCAGUAACAGUUUUGCCAGCGGUGCCAGCAACAGCAGUGACGACUCCUCUGCACAGUGUCCCGUUGGAAUUAGCAUCAAUGGUGCUCGUCGAUCUUCUGCUGCUAUGGCUGCUUCACUCAGUACCGAUGAUAAAAUGUCUCCCUUUCCCGACAUCUUUGAUGUUACUACUCGUGCCAGCUUUUUGGGAUCUCUCACUACUCCUUCAACAACUCACAACAACAAUAGCAACACAUCUCUCUCUAAUCAUAUCUCGCAUUCUUACCAGUCAUCAUUUCCUAUUGACGUGCCUUGCGACUAUAACGAUGCAUUUGAUCAUGCUCCUGCCACUUCAUCCUCGCUGUUUGGCACAUCUGCAUCAUCUGCCUUUAUUGGUGAGCGCGGGUUUAAUUCUGCUCUGUACAACAGCGAUAGUCUGCUCACUGGCCGUUUCCAAAAUUUUCAUCUUGGUGAUGGUCUUGGUAACAAUCAUAAUAAUGGCAAUAGCAUGAUAAAUGGCAUUGGCAAUUAUGCCAUUCAUUCCUCGGAUCGUACUGCUGGAGCGAAUGGAAACCAGUCACAAUACAGUUACUCUAGCAGCUUUCCUGGCACUACCAUGGCGACCAAUAAUGCUGGAGCCAUUCCUUUUAUUUCCGGCAUGGAUCAAAAUCCACCCUGUAACACUUUGUAUGUUGGCAAUCUUCCUCAUGACGCAUUAGAGGAAGAACUGCGCCAGAUAUUUACUGUUCAAUCAGGUUUUAAGCGUCUUUGUUUCCGCACCCGUGCCAAUGGUCCCAUGUGCUUUGUAGAGUUUGAAAGUGUCGACUACGCAACUGCUGCUCUGUUCCAACUGUACGGCAAUCAUCUGUCCAACUCUACCAAAGGCGGCAUUCGUCUUAGCUACUCCAAAAACCCGCUCGGCGUUCGCCAGAACCGCUCUGCAGUUGUUCCUGGCAUGAUGGGUGCUGGAAUUGGAGGACUAGGCGGUUAUAUCCCAUCCACACUUUCCACUGCCAUGCCUACUCCCAUUCCUGCUAUUUCCAGUGGCGGUAUGACCAUGCAGGAUUUUCGUCAUGUACAUUGAUCCUUUUAUUAAUUAGCUUAUUACUGUCUUUCCUAAUUUCAACAAGUAGCGAUCGAGUUGAUUCAUUAAGCAUUUGUUUUCUUAUAUCUUUUGUUACUUGGCUCUUAUCUUUUAUUCUUGGUACUGUUGUUGGUCAACAUAUAACUAUUAUCGUAUUUUAAAAAUUCACGUCUUAUUUUUCAUUUUUGCAAGUCCUCGAGUCUGCUCUACAUCUUUUCCUUUAUCGGGCAGCGUGCACCCAUUCCAACCAUAUAUUCAUUACCCAUCCUCUAUUUUCAUUCACUAUUUCAAAUAUAAUGUGGUCACGGUUGGAACGGUUUUUCCAACCUACCAAACUCAUUCGUUUUUCAACUGCAAGAACAAGACCGCCUUUAAACAAAUCGUCAUUUACAGCCGUAUUCACGUAAAAUGAAACAUUUUUCUGUAUUGAUCUUGCAUUGACUGCCUUUAUUUUGGAAUAAAUAAUGGUUAAACAUUC